AUGGCUUCUACUGGUUUGACUUGCUGGAAAACAAUACGAGAUAAACUAGUGGAAGAGAGGUCUAAAUACUUGAAUUUCGGAGCAGAAUGGUCCUACUACAGACCUAUCAGUAACAAUUUUUCAAACUUUGGGAACCUCAAUCCAUUAGAACAGGAAGCUAGUUUGAUUAAUGACGUUUGCAUUUUGUUCGCGGGUUGGAAUGGUGAAUUUGUCAGAAUUUCCGAUGAUGUUUCCAAUUUCAAACUAAUUAUUCACAAUCGCAUGGAUCCUUAUCUUAGAUCAUCCGUUGAACGCUUCGAGGAGUAUAUUGGUUCUGUCGUUCGCAUAAGAAAAUAUUCUGCAGAGAGUGGUAAACUGAAAUCUCAGUUGGCAACAUGUGUACUGAGUGAUCUUAAUAGAAAAAUAGAUGAGUUGUUUCAACCUAUUCUAGUGUUCGACUAUAGCACUAUCGAGCAUCCUCUCAAUAACUUGUAUCAAAAUGUAGCAAAGUUAAAGACGAUUCUGAAGCUUUAUGAUGCGCUCGCCCGAGAAAUCUUUGAGAAUAAGCUUGUUGGCGGUCAAGUUCUAAAUGUGUUGGAUAAAAUGAAUGAGAAGGUUUUUGAGACCGACUUAGAUAACAUUAGACAAUUCAAAGAGAUUUACUGGAGACGUUUCAUUUGUGCUAUAGGAACCUGGAUUGAUCGAGGGCAUGUAGAUGAUCCUUGCUAUGAGUUCUUCAUAUGGCCCACUGCCGGGAUAAGUGCAGUAGACAUGCGUACGAUCGAAGAUAAUCUUCCAGCAAAUUUAAAAAAAUCAAGUGACUUCGUUGUAGUACUAGACUUGUGUCCAACUAGAGUAGUUCCAUUGAUAGAAUCUAUCCUCCAAUGUGGUUUGGAUAGAACAGUUAAAUCUACUACCAUAAAUUGGAAGUUAUUGGAUGAAUAUGAAUUUUCUCGAGUGGUUUCGAAAUUGUCAAAGUCAAUGGCUGAAGAAGUCUUGAAGAAAAUGAAGUUGGAGGAGAAUUUGGACAAUGUUAUUGCUCAAAUUCAUUUAUUCUUUGUUUUGACUCCGUGUGUUUCUUGGCUUUAUGAUGCGCUUAUCAAACACCAUCUCUUUGAUCGUUCUUUCAAUUCUGUUCGAAAAUCGGAGAAAAAAACAUUAACUCAAGCAUUCCAUCGAGACUUUGCAGAGAAGAUUCCUGUAGCUCAGAUAUUUUCGUUUGAAACUGCUGAGACUGACAUUUUCGAUGCACUUUUAUCUACGAACCGUGAUAAUUCUAGUAUGGACAAAAGCGUUGUGCCUAAUUAUUAUGAUAUGCUUGAUAUCUCUGUAAAUACGAGCAAACUACCUGCAAUCUUCUCUUCAUCUUGUUUGAAAGUUUUUAGACAAAUCUUCAGACUUCAUCUACAUCUAGAAAUCGCUUCUAAGAAGUUGAGCGAAUUAAAAAUUGAUUUACCUCGCACAGGUAUAUCAGAUGUCUUAGUUAGAUCUCAACUGUUCUUACUUGAUCGUCUACAUCGCCAUCUUAUUGACUUCCGUACUACUAUAGCUAGUGGAGUUACCUUCGCUGCUAGAAAUUUCGACACAGAGUAUCCCAAUGCGGGCAGUGUUUACGAAUUGCAAGAGCUUGAGGACAGGUUCGCUCAUGAAAUUUUAACGUCAACGGGAUUGAACAAAGCUCCCCUUGUUCAUGUUUUACAAGAUUUAUUGCUACUGAUUGAUUCUUAUGAUAAAACGGCGUUCGAAAAUAUCCAAGAAGAAUAUUUUGAGUGGAGAACUAAGAUGGAUGCUCUCCAAUGCUUCUAA